CCAACUCAAAUUUUCAAUAAAUAUUCUUCUACCAAAUCCAAUCAAUGAAGAGAAAUCAAGUUUCAACAAGAGAAAACCCGAAGGAAGAGACGCAGGAUAUGUCCCAAAUUUCUACUCUCACAGAAACUCAUAUUUCAAGUCAACAUUUGGGAUGUUCCGAAAACAUUCAAGAUAUUGAUGUAAAAGAUCCUGUGAGAGAUUUAACUGCGGCACUCAAAUAUCUUGUCGAAAACCGCAGUUUGUCUUCUGAGGAAGCGCAGUUUGCUUGCCAACAUUUUAAUUUUGAAGUAGGCAAGACCGAAGUUGAAAUGUGGUUAACUUUUAACGAGGUUACCAAAGUGCGUUAUGUUAAACACUUCUUCUCCGUGAGGGACAAGGUCAAGAACUGUGACCACCACUGGAUGCCCCCCAGAGGGUGUCAAGGGCGUCAACAGCGUUCUUCAAGAACAAUUUAACCAUGUAAUGAUUGAAAAAUGGUGGUAUUCCUUGUACUUAGUUAUUUCGGGGGAUUAGGAACU